UUACUUCACCUGCCUCAACUACCAUUAGCUUCACCACUUUUCAUCUACUAUAAAUACUGAAUCAAUUACUGCCUCAAUUUGUACUAUCCUUUUCUUAGAAAAUUAUCUUAUAGUAUUUUAACUUGUCUUUGUGAAACAUGGGUGGCAAAGGUGGUAGCGGUGGUGGAGCUAAAGGAGGCGGUGGAGGUGGUGGAGCUAAAGGAGGCGGUGGAGGUGGUGGGGCUAAAGGAGGCGGUGGUGGAGAUGCAAAAGGAGGCGGUGGUGGAAGCGGUGGUGGUGGUGGUGGUGGUUCAAUGAAAGCCCCGGGUGGUGGUGGAUCAUAUAUAUCUCGUGGAGCAUUUGAAAGCAACCCUCAGGGAUACUUCAGUGAUCUUCAUGCUGCGGACAAAGGCAGCAAAUAGUGCUACCUAUUUCAUCUACUUGUUACUACUGCGUUUUAACUUAGUUCCAUAAAUAAGUACUUUGUAGUAUGUAAAUGUGUGGUGGUGAUUAGUAGUACUAUAAGUACUACUAGUAGAAUGUAAAUGUCUAGUGUCAGUCACUACUAUGUUGGUGUGUACUAUAAUUAAAUAAACGCAGUUUGCUUCUCUUCA